GAAUGCUCUCUGAAGCUUCUUCCUAUGUCAUUUUUGGGGUUUUGGAUUUAUGAAUCGUAGGGGUUUCGCGGCGUAUUUUGGAUCGAGGAUACAUCGCGACUCUGUUAAUGAGCAUGACGCUUAGCGACUUUGAGCGCUUUUGGGGAUGCAGGAGGUUGUUUGGUCUGGCGUUUGUCCAGCUUUCGCAUCGACUCGUGGUGUGGUAUGUCGUCGGUUUCUGUUGGUUUUUACCGUCGCCCGCACCUAUUGCGAUUCGGCAGGUGUACGUUGCGUUCUGCUUAUCUUUUUCUUCUCUCUACCUUGCAUAUUGCAUGGCGGUAGCAAUCUAUUUCGGUCAGCCGAUCUUCAAGGAAUCGCUAUUCCGUUAGGCGUUCGUCUUGUAUAGGAGCUAUUCACUACUUUUACAACUCAACAAGACAUAUA